CACUUCAGCCUGAGGGAACCUUCACUUCACUCAUUUCUGAUAACUCUCUCCUACAGUUCAACCAUAAGGCUCCCUUCUUCCCUCCAAAGACCAACUGGGGCAGCUAUUUCCAAACUCCUACACUGGGCUAAUUGCUCUUACUGGGCUCUACCACAAUACCCUCUCCUGUCCCUAGCCUGUCUGCCAGGUCUAUUGUAAUGAUCUGAUUUUCUCUUUUAAUCCCCACAUCUCCAACCCAGAUGAUAAACCCUCUGAAGGAAGAGACUAUGUGCCUGUCUUCUUUAUUGCUGUAUCCCCAUGCCCAGCACAGGGCCUGCACAUAGCAGACACUCAAUAAAUAUUUGUUGAAUGAAUGACUUCAGGAACAAAAAUCACAGGAAUGUAGGUCUCAGCUCAGAGAGAAACGGCUAUGACCCUUUGGCCAUUAAGUGACUGGGCAAAGGCCACUCAGCCAACAAAUAUUUCCACAGCCUGGCCUGUCUAGACUGGGUCCUCUCUUGUGGCCUAUUCCUCCUCAGCUUAGGGUCACACAAGUGGAAUAGGGCAGACAAGAAAGGCAAUCAUCAGGGCAGAAGCCAGGGAGAUUUAGAGUAGGAGAGGGAAUUGGGAAAAAACAGUACGGGAUCGAGUCCCAAAGAUCUUUUCUUCAUGCCUAUUACUGAGGUAUCCAUCUCCCAGGAUGGAACUCCAAAAUCUGACUUCAUCCCUAUAAAAGAGGGUCCAAUGCCUCGCAUCUUAGUAAUAAACCUCAAGUUCGCCCCUUUAGUGAUAGGUCCUGGCUCCACCUUCUGGUGACAUUUUUGACUCCGCCUCCUCUGAAGAAAUGCUCUAACUCGGCCCCUUCCGGGUAAUAGGCAAGCUCCACCCCUGGUGCGCGACGAGUCCCUGUGACGUAACGGUAACGGAGACGUUUGGAGCCCGGGACAUGUCGGGAUUGAGGAGAUACGAGGUGGCGCUGGAGGCGGAGGAGGACCCCGCCCCGCCCGGCCCGGCUCCGCCCUCUCUCUGCAGGAUCUACUGGGGCUGCUUCUACUUUUUCCCGUGGCUGCGCAUGUGGCGGAGGGAGCGGAGCUCGGCGCACCCCCGGGAGCAGAAGCUGGAGCCUCUGCGGGGUCUGAUGAGCUGUCUGUCAAGCGGCCUGGGCCCUGUUCCUCAGCGCUCGGGUCGCGGCCUCCCACGCCGCACCCCCGCCGCCACUACCCAGCCAGCCGGUGCAUUAAAGAUUUAAACCGAA